AUGUCAGAUCCGCUUUUAAAACCAUUCAAAAAGGAGCAACUUCUAAUAGUCUUCCAUCCUGGAUCCUGGCGUCAAACUUUGCCCGGAACUGGCGAUGAGAGCGCAGAGGUUCAGUAUGAAGAUUGGCGGAAGGGAAAGGUCUUAGGCAGUGGAAUGUAUGGCACUGUGCGGCUCAUCAGGAGUGUUCAAGAUGAGAAAAAAGUGCGUGCAGUAAAGGAGGUUUUUAAGAAGAAGACAAAAACCAUACGCGUAAUCCAAGAGCUACAGGCGUUGGUCACGCUAAAGAAGUACCCAGAAUAUUUUGUUCAAUUUUUUGGCUGGUGGGAAGACGAGGAUUACUUCUAUUUCGCCAUGGAAUACGUUGAGGAUGGCGAUUUGGUAUCUCUGCUCGGAGAAGAGACCAAGCUUAGAGAAACGGACGCACAGACCAUUGCAAAGCAGAUUUUGAAAGGUCUAGAGACCAUGCACGAGCAUAAAAUCUGUCACCGUGGUGUCAAGCCAGACAACAUCCUAGCCAUAUCAUGGUUGCCUGGACCUCUCCGAGUAAAGUUAGCUGAUUUUGGUUGCUCCAAGCACGCAGUUGGUACGGAUUUACGGUCGACGAUUGGCACCUUCGGUUAUAUGGCACCGGAGGUUUCGGGUUAUAUUGAGGAUCAAGAGACAUUACAUUCAUACCGAAUUCCGCUUUUACCACCAGUUUCUAUCGAUAGCUUUCUUGUAGGGUCCGCGCACCCCCAGAGUGCUACCAAAAGAAGGGGCGGGCUCUACGAUGAUGAGUUCGUGCACAGUCCAGAGGAAGGCUUAGGUAUCACGCUCCGUAACGCCCCUCAGGCCCUGCAAGCAUCGUCAAAUCCGCCACCGACAAGGAAAAGUGAUGAUAGCGGAGACACUAGAUGGGGGAUCUCACAGGCAACAGCGGCCAUAAAGGCAGCUGGUGCAGGACAAGUGGGGGGGUUCGAACCUCUCGGGGGCCAUGAUUCCCCUCAUGCUCAACACCCCCAGACAUCGUCAUAUCAACCACCGACAGAGGAGAGUAAUGAAACCGGAGACACUAGAUGGGGGCUUUCACAGGCAACAGCGGCCAUAAUGGGGGUAGGUGCAGGACAAGAACCUGUCAGGCUCCGUAACUCCCCUCAGCCCCGCCGCAAAUCGCUAUAUCUGCUACCGACAGGGAAAAGUGAUGAAAACGGAAACCGGGGAACGAGGAUUCCAAGGUUCACAGCCAGAGAGUAUCUCGAUGUCACGGACCAUGCGCUCCCAUCUGAACUUCAGCCCCUCUAUGAACUACCGCCAAUAGGGAAAAGUGAAAAAAUCGGAGGGCCUAGAGGGUGGAUUUCACGAGCGAUAGCGGUCAUAAAGGGAGCAGGAGUGUAA